AUGACGCUGAAAUUCUCUGAAGAUUUUGAAACUUCUACAAUAAUCUUCACACAAUGCGUCGAACGAGAAGGGGACUAUCACUUAAUGAUACCAGAAGUUGUUUCUAUGAUUCAAAAUAUCGAAAAAACAGGUUCAUUACCUCCAGAAUACGGAGAUGUUCAAAACAGAUUCAUAGACGAGGUUAUUGUUGCAGCAAUAACUCCCAUUCUACAACUUUCUUACACUUCUGGAACAGAAUUAAAAAAUGAUCUUUCUUUCUUCCAGGAAUGCAUGCGUUUCAUCCCUUGGUGUAUUAAGAAUAACCACAUAACAACAACCUUAAAGAUCAUUGAAAUUCUUCAUUCUCGUCACCAUCAAUAA